UUUUAUUCUUUGUGAAUCGUACCACAGACAGUUCUCCCUACGCAUACGGCCACCUUUGCGCUACUACGCAACCCUUGAUAGCCAUCGACGUUUUCCGCUUCGCCAACCUUCUGCUCGAGUGACGGCUCAUUACUGCGGAAAACUUGGACGUGAUGGACGACGCCGAGCGACGCGGCGCGAAGCGCUCUCGCUUCGACCAGACCGAACCUGAACCACGCCGCUCUCGGUUUGACCGCCGCUCUCGCUCGCCGCCGGCCCGCAAACCUGAUUCCAACCGCGACCGUGAGCGUAGCCCUCUGUCGCGGCCCCAAGACUCACCGUCCGCCUCGAAGUCUCCGUCUGUCGACCCGGCCGCGGCUGCUGCCGCUGCUGCUGCCCGUAUCAAUGCGCAAAUCCAAGCACGCAAGGGCAUUCAGCACGUCGACGUCCCCCCUAUCCGCUCGAGCUCGGCAGGCAAAGCUGGCGCAUCCGGUACCAGCACCAUCAAUGGAGAGAUGUAUAUCUCUGAUGGCGAUUACAUUAAGGAUAUCGAAGUCAAUGACCUGCGCAACCGAUACCUCCUCACAAAGGGGUCGACUCAACAAAUGAUCAAAAAGGAAACUGGUGCCGAUGUCACUACCCGCGGCAGCUACCUUCCCGACAAGAACAUGGCUACCCCCUCGAACCCGCCUCUCUAUCUCCAUGUCACCAGCACAACGAAGGAAGGAUUGGAGAAGGCUGUUGCUAUGAUUGAGGAAUUGAUGAAGCAGGAACUCCCGCAGCUUGUCGACGAGCGUCGCUUCCGUCGCCGGGAGCAAGACCGAGAGCCGGUCGAGCGCGAUGAAUUCGGCCGACGAAAAUGGCCCGAGGAGAAGAUUCCGAUCGGCUUGGAGCCGGUGCCGGGUUUCAAUCUUCGCGCCCAGGUCGUGGGACACGGCGGGGCCUACGUCAAACAUAUCCAGCAGGAGACAGGCUGCCGCGUCCAGAUCAAGGGCCGCAACUCCGGCUACGUAGAAGCGUCAACCGGCCGCGAGAGCGACGAGGAUAUGUAUCUGCACGUGGCGAGGGGUCCUGACCCCAAGAUGGUCGAGAAGGCAAAGGAGCUCUGCGAGGACCUGCUAGCCAAUGUCAGAGAGCAGUACGAGGAGUUCAAGAACCGCCCGCCCCGUAGCUACGGCGGCGGGGGGUAUGGCGGGCGCGGUGGCGGCGACUCGUACCAGGGUUAUAACCGCGACAGCCAUCACCAUAACAGCAGCCACAGCUACAGCAACUCUCCUGCGCCUGGAGCGGGCCCCUCGGCGUCGCCUCCGUCGUCGACUA